AGGCGGAUGUUAACGCAGGGACGCGGCAGUUACGGUUUGUUGUAGAAAUGGAUUUGCGUGAUGGAUAUCAAGACAAAUCCGCCUAAGUGUCACUAAAUUAUUCCUAAUACCACAAGUUUGGUUUACUGCAUAAUUCAGUUUGAGAAAGAAGAAAAUACAACACACGUUAGCUCUCGCUGCCUGUCUGAAGAGGUUGUCUAGGUAGCGACUUGGCUAACAGUCAGGAACAAAGUGGUAAACAUUGAAGAAACGGUUAAAGUCAAAGACUAUGCACAAAACAAAAAGACAAUGUGGAAAACAGGGCGUGUCUGCAAAGGGCUUGAUGAGGAAUACACCAGUCCGUAAGGUCACCUACAGAGUGGGAUACACGUGGAACAGAGGUGGACGACUCAAAGAGCUCAGGAUACGGCAUCUUGCGCGGAAGUUCCUUCACCUCUGGAUUCAGAAAACUUUUGGACGAAUCAUUCCAUCACAUGCCAGGUCUCACCACAAUAAGGUGGUCCUGAGGAAGGUUCUGAGGGCCUGGAAAGACGAGUGGUGGCAUGCCAGAAGAGAGUGGACGCUGACCAUUAGAGCAGAUUGUCACUAUAAGUAUGUCCUGUACAGUAAAGUCUACCAAGCCUGGCAUGAGUAUUUGUCUAUUCAGAGAGAAGAGAAAAAAAAGCUGCACAUCGCAUUCAUCUUUGCGAAGCAGCAUCGGAUGCGUGUCGUGUGGGAUGGCUGGGAGCUGUAUGUGGAAAUGAGACGCUUAAAGCAUAGGAUGUAUGACACAGCCCUAAAACACCACAGACAUACUGCUAUUGGGUGGGUGUGGACUGUGUGGCAAACUGCACUACAACGACGCAGAACAGAGCAUCUUCAUGCAGAAAUGGCUGUACAGCAGUGGACUAUGUCUGUACAGAGCAGAGCAUGGCUGCAAUGGGAAAAGAAAUAUGCGCAGACCUGUAUCUUGAGAGAGAAAGAAGCCAGAGGACAUCUUCAUUACUGCCAGAAAAUUCAGAAACGUGUACUACGAUGCUGGAUUACACACACUCAACACAAGAAAGUUCAAAAUGAGGCAAAAGCUGUGGCUAGCAGUGUAUGGUGCUGCUCUGUGUUGAGGAGGUACUGGUGUGCGUGGCACAGAGCUUUGAAGAACAGACAGAUUGCAGACAAUCUAGCACUGCAUGCCACUCAACGACGGGCAUUUUCACAUUGGAGAGACUAUGUGCACAUGUGCUCUGUAAAGGCCAAGAAUGAACAGACUGCCAUUCAACAUCGACACCUUCAGCUGCUGCGUAUAGGGUUUAAAGGCUUGGCCCUAAAUGCCACUCGCUGUAAAACUCGUCAGUUGAACAAGAACAUUAGUGCAAAGCAUCUUCGGCACACAACGGUGGUGAAAUAUUGGAAACGUUGGCAGCUGCGCUUGGUGCAGAUUGAGGAAAGGAGUAUUCAGCCCCAAAUCACUGUAGCAGUGAACUAUCACAGAAUUGCCGUGCUGAGAGUCUAUCUUCAGAGAUGGAGGGAGCGCUGCAAAGAGCACAGACGCACGCAGGAUUUAGAGUUGCGAGCUGACUCUUGGUUUGCAAACCGGAUCCUUCCAAAAUAUGUGAAAUCCUGGACAGAGUUUACAAUACGAAGAACAGAGCACAGGGAAAGGAGAGAAAUAGCUGAACAGUAUCAUCAACAGCAGAUGUACAGCUGGGGUUUUUAUACCUGGUGGGAACGUCGCGUUCGUCAGCGAGACCAGAGGCUAGCGGAGAGAAUGGCUGUGUUGCAUUCAGAGCGAGUGUGUGUGUCCCAUGCCUGGUCUACGUGGCUAUGCAGGAUGUUUCAGCAGAGAGAGGACAGGCUCAAACAAACAAAAGCUGCGACGCUUUACCGUCACACUCUUCUGCACAAAACUCUGAAGCAGUGGAGACACAAUGUCAGCGACAUCCAGUGGAGUCAGAGGCGUUUUGAGCAGGCAGUGGUCCAUGACAGUCAUCAGUGCAUGAGGCGAGCUCUGAUUGGCUGGCAUGAGUAUGUAGAGUGCAGAAGAGAGAAGAACAGGCGAUUGGUGCAAAUCGAUGAGUACUAUGAAGGAAGACUACUCAAGCACAUGUUCGAUGCAUGGAAGAAACACCAUGCACAGACCCAGCAGAUCAACCUAAGUGUAGAAAAACAUUACCAACAACAUCAGAAACAUCUGCUCAGGAGGAUGCUGUGUUUGUGGAGAAGGAAUGUAUGUCUGUCAGUGGAGGAAAGAGAGAAAGAGACACAGGCAAAGUGUCAUUAUCAACACAGCUUACUGUCAAAGGUGUUGCUAGCAUGGCAUCAGAGAUCAGCAUUCAAAGCUGUUCAUCAUCACCAGCAGGAGGAAGCACUGAGCGAAGCUCAACUUCACCUGGACAGAGUUCGGAUGCAGGAAGUUCUUAGGAGGUGGCGAGAGAAACUGAGUGAGGUGAGAGAAGAGAGGCUGUCUGUGGAGAAAGCCUGCAGAUAUCACCGCCAUAUCUUGCUCAAAAAAAGUCUCAGAGCCUGGAUCUUAAAUAAUCACCAGCACAAACACUAUCAGGUCAUGAAAAACAGAAGCAAUGAUCUACACAGAUUAAGAGUGUGUCAGCGUUUUUUUAUCCUUUGGAAAGCACAGCUACAGAGCAGAAGAAGAGAGGCAGAACUAACAGAGAUGGCCCUUUGGCACUGGUCCCUGAACCUGCAGGCCAAGGUGCUCUUUGUGUGGAGACACUGGGUUGCUGAGUGUCAAAGAAAACAGAAGCGUCUUGCAGCGGCAGCUCAAUUCUACAGAGAUGACCUUCUACGAGAAGGCGUCACCCACAUCCUUACAUACACGACACACAUGAGUGCGUUCUCUACGAACAUGGCUCUCCACAGCCAUGAACAGAGUUCACGGCAGCUGCAGGCAGUAGUAAGGCGAUGCGCCUUGCGAUGGAAGCAGCGGGCAUUGUGCAAGCCUUCCAGAGUCGGAGAGACAAAUAAAAAUGACAGGCCCUCUAAAACAAAAAAGAGUGUAACCUUCUCCCUGCCGGAAGGCCACACCCACAGACACACCUACCAACCAAUCAGGAGCCCAGCCACAGAGCAGAGGGCAGGAGAUUCCACUGUAAACAAACUGCUGCUGGUUCGAGCAUCUAGGCUGCAACCACGAAGGCCUGAUGACUUAUUACACUCCCCAGUGAAAGAACUGCUGCAGCACCCAAAGCCUAGCAGACACAGUCACACAGACAAGAAUCACAAAGCAACACACCCUAGAAGUGCUCAGCCGCAGCAUGCAGGUCCAACUGAUACUGGAUCCACAUCACCUUUAGCAUCCGUUCCAGUGGCUUGUCCACCCCACUUUGUUUCACUUCCAUUCACGCAGCCUCAGCCCCCUGGAUUGUCUCUCUCCUCUUCACUGCAGCCUCCUGUUCUGAACAUAAAGCCUCCAAUCCCAAUCUUCAGGUCUGGUUCUACAGGAAACUCCACCAUACAGAUUAGUGCUGAGAGCCAGGAGGUGCUGCUGCCUCCUUCUUCAUUUACUGCAGCUAAAUCACUGUGCAAGACAAAUUCCAGACACAAGGAUCCCUCACUCCUCUCCCCUCAAGAUUUCAUCCACCCUAACCUGCGUGGUCAAACAGCGGUGUGUGGAAGUGUUUUUGUGGAUGUGGGAGAUGAUGACAAUGAAGAGGCCAUGCUCCUGCAGACAAGCAGUGAUCCUACUGAAGCUCUGAACAGGGAACUACUUGAUAUCAGACUCGACCUGCAGAGAUAUCAGCAAGACAAAACUCAGCUGCAGACAUGGCGCAAACUACAAAGAGUGAUGAGAAAUUGGCUCCAGACAACAGGCAGUGAUGCAGAUACUGAAGAAAGAGAGAGCAUUAUACAAGAAUUAAAUGAGCUAGAGAUCCGUAUUUCUGCUCUGUCUAAGAAAAUGACUGAAAGGAAGCCCAUCGUGAUCUGCCAUGCUGCAAGAAUCAGCAGUGUAGAAAGCCAGCUGCUGAGAGCCAACAUUAAAAUAUAGAUAUCAUGCAUUCUGCUAUCUGUGUUCUUCACCCCGUCUAGCUUACGACUACAUGGGUCAGGUAAAGGUGAGGAAUUAGGAAUUUCUUGAAGCCUGUAGAUAUGUCAUGUCAAAUUACGUUCUUGUUAUCUGAAAAAUUUAAACUGUCAGGAAACGCAAUGAUGUAUUUUGCAAAAAAUGUAGGCCAAGCGUAGAAAUAGGAGCAACCUAUUGUAAGUAAGCAAGUAUUGUACAUUUUUCAUGUUUAACAUUUAUUUAUUUAUUUGUAACAAAGACAUUUAAAAAAUAUUUGUAGAUCUUUGAAUGUAGUUUUAUGUAAAUAAAUAGUUCUUUUCA